UUGGUGAUAAAAUCGGCGGGGUAAACUUGGCGCAAAUGUCAGUUGCGACAGCAGCAGAAGCUGCGAUCUACGAGUGCAGAAGUGUUUCAUCUGUUUGAUGUUUAAUGUCUUCUCUGUGGCCGUCAACGUCAUCGUUUUAUUGAUUUUUUUUUAUUGUAAUUAUUGUCAUUGUGACUUACAACUCUUUUGACAAAUAUGUGUGCUGUGUUAUACGCAUUUUAUUAGUGUUCGGUUGUAAACAUGUGAACGUAAUUUGUUGCUGGAGAGCUACGUUAUGUUUUAGACGUGGCUACCUGUUAAAUAGAUGAACCAACCCAAAAUCCAUUUUUGUAUCAGGAAGAGGUUUAGUCGGAACCAAAAUCACGAUAAACAACUGGUUGGUGAUGUUUGAUAGGCGACCCGUUUCCUCACUGUGGAUCAGUGACGACCCCGUCGCCAAAUUUAUCAGUGGAUUAAAUUGAAAUCGUGUGCAUCAGACUUUGAAAGUACUGCAACGAAGAAAAUAUCGACAUAGUAUUGUUGUGCUGCUGCAGAUAGUUAGGCUCAUUACCCUAGUAUUCAUGGGUGAAUGAAGCAUGCACAGAGGCGCGCGUAUGACUCUACAGGAACAGUGGAGUGGCCAGCCGCCUCUCAUGGCUUUAUUACACGUCGUUAAGCUGUUGCUCUACUAUCUAUACUGCGCGCUGCGCUUCAUCGUUAGCACGUUGUGGGGUGUGUUGAGCCAGCGUGGCGAUAAUAACCCCAUUGUUGGUCGAGAGAGACAACGAUUAGAAGAGCAGUUUUUCGCGUAUUAUACUCGCGGGUAUAGUUUUUUGAAAGAAGCUAUAGAAGCAGACGAGGCUGAUGGAGUAGCUGAAGCACUCGAAGAGUUCAAAGACCGAGCUGUGCACUUUUACACUCAAGGUAUACGUGAAUUUCGCAAAGGUCUAACAGCGGGUAAUACACUGGCUAAGAUGGCGCCAAGUGAGGAAAUUGUGUACACUCAUCAAAAGAUGGCCAAAUUUAUCGUUUUAGCAGAGAAACGUUUGAGUUUCCUCGAAACCGAUGAGAGUCACCAUGUCCUGCAACAACAGCACAGUAAUCAGGUUGAUCAAAGUGCUCUGCAGAGCUUGCAGGGAGUAGGCGCUCGCAGAAACUGGGAGAAGCCCAGCCAUGCAAUAAUGCGCAUGUCUGAAGCAGGACCCAGCUGGCUGAAGAGCGCAGAGGACCGUGUACAGGAGCCCUGGAGACCGCCAGGAAAGGGAGGAUGUUCAAGUAACAAGCCAUUGCUAGGGAACAUCUCUGGGACUGGCCUGACACGCAAAAAUAGCGUUCCUAGGGAGCGGUCCCUUGGCCGAGCUGUUGAUAUGCGGCCAAAAGGUGAUCCGAGUACUGCGUCCCUGCCCCGCAGAGGGGUAUUGGCAAAACGGGGAACUGCAGCAGGGAUUGCUCCCAAACCAGGUGUUUCUGCGCGGAGUCUACCAGGUACCCCCAGUCGUGUUAGCCUGCAUUCAAUAAAAGGCAUUGAGCCGAAGCUCAUCUCUAUAAUUGCCGCUGAAAUAAUGGACAGUGGGCCGAAAGUACGCUUAGACGAUGUUGCGGGUCAAGAACUGGCUAAACAAGCCUUACGUGAAAUGGUCAUUCUUCCCACCCAAAGACCAGAUCUCUUCACAGGACUACGGAAACCUCCUAGGGGGCUUCUGCUCUUCGGUCCGCCAGGAAAUGGCAAAACAAUGUUGGCCAAAGCUGUGGCUCACGAAAGUUCACUGACGUUUCUCAACAUUUCGGCGGCGACGCUGACCUCAAAAUACGUCGGAGAAGGCGAAAAGUUGGUGCGCGCUUUGUUCGCGGUCGCGCGCGAACUUGAGCCAUCGAUCGUGUUUAUCGAUGAAUUGGACUCUUUAUUAUCGGCGCGUCGAGAAAGUGAGCAUGAGGCGUCGAGGCGGCUCAAAACCGAAUUACUUAGUGAGAUGGACGGGCUGCACUCGGGAGCGAGCAACGCAGAAGACCGAGUUCUUGUUAUGGGCGCCACAAAUCGUCCGUUUGAACUCGAUGAUGCGGCGCUUCGUCGUUUUCCACGUCGCGUCUACGUCGGCCUUCCCGAUGAGUCAACGCGAGUAGACCUGCUUCGUCAACUACUAUCAAAUCCAAACGUUGCGUCCAACCUUUCAAACGAAGACUUAACCAUGCUUGCGAAAUGGACUGAUGGAUAUUCUGGGAGUGACCUUACACAUCUAGCGAGGGAUGCGGCUCUCGCACCAUUGCGUGACUUCGACGCUGACCAGCUGCGAAGUCUCGAUGUGCAUCACGUGCGUGAGAUCUCUCUGGUUGACUUUCGGCAAAGCUUGGGCAAAAUUCGUCGAUCGCUGGAUAAACGCAGCCUAGUUGCCCUCGAGAAGUGGAAUCAUGAAUAUGGCGAUGUUACGAUUUAAUGAUAUCGCGCGUCUUAAAUUCGACCACAGACCUUAAUUGAAAUGCAACCUGUGCGGUGCCUGAAAACUAAACGUUCUUCUGUUAGCAAAUUAGCUUACUUGACUUGCAAGUAUGCGGAAUUUAUUUUGCUUUUCCAGCUCCGCCGCUUAGCAGAUCAAUACAGGUUAUGUAGAAGAACUGUUAAUCUUGACCAGGCGUCACUAAUAAAAAUUAUAAUUCCGUAGUAGGUCAGGCUAAAACUUAUUAACGGACUAAUUUAUUUAUCAGUUUUAAUCGGGAGCUAGCCUAACGGUCUAAAUGUAGUGAAUUUGAAACGAACAGAACGCUUGCCGGCUAUAUGGCUGCGCUAAGUUUAGAAAUGUAAAAAUUACGCCUAUUAGUUAAUGCUUCUUAACUAAGCAGGGAAGAGCUCCACUGUAAUUUCGCGACGAUGAUGAUGAUGGCGACGGUGGUAAUAUGUUUAUUAUUAUCACUAUUAUUAAUUACAGGUUGGAAACUAGAUAUAGCAUAGACCGCUCAUGUCUAUACUAAUGUCUAUACUUUGUCUUGGGUGACGUCAAUGUAAAAUGGCAUACACUGACGGAGGGUAGUCCAAUAUUCUUCCGUUAAAGUUGUACUAGAUAAACAAAUCAUGCAUCGCGUAUAUGAUGUAUACGCUUAACUUUCAUUCUACCAAAAUGGAUCUACUGCCAUUUUAGCUAACGUCACCCUUAUCCGAUUAAUAAACAACACACGCUAUCAGUGCUGUGAUAGGGUUGUGAUAGAACAUUUGAUGAGAAGAACGCAUCUUUGCUGAUCGGCCCGAGAGACGAUUGGCACAAAAAUCAUCGUCACCGUGAGACAGUGUAGCAAACUCAAAUCUUUUAAAUGAAGAACAAACAACUACAACUGCAGUUACAACUAUUACUAUAAUGUGGGUGCACUUGUUAGAAGACUCAGGCGUACAAAUAGUAUUGCUGUACUAAAAUGAACAAAUGGUCUUAAUGAAGAGGAAUAGGCUAGUCAUGUAUACAUAUUGACUACUCAAUAUGAAGAUGAAGCUAAUAUGCGUACAACGAAACGGUCAUGAUUAGAAUACAUGUGCCUCGAACGCUAGUGUAGAGAAAGUUAAAUAGAUUUUUCCAGAUUCAUGACAUCUAUAGUAAUGCCUCUUCAAAACGUUUUUUAGGAAAACGAUAGCUCAAAAUAACAAUCGUUUCUUCGUAACUGUUACUUAAAUAUGUAUUGAUAUGAAGUCGCUGAAGAGCAGGGUAUCAGUAUACCCUGAUAUGAUAAAGUGGUUGUUAUUAUCUUGAUCGAUUGAUUGAUGUAAUCCAAGUUCCUCUUACUCAAUAAUGGUUAAAGUUUUAGCAGUUCACAUGGACCUGUUUCCGACUGCUCAAUUAUAAUUUCGUGAGGUAUUCCUCCGUAAUGUUACAUUUCAUUUCUGAUGAGUGGUAAUGAUAAAAAGUGGGCUUAGCCAGUCUUUAGUCGCCAAGUUACAGGGACUUCUUUUUAACUGUUGCACAAAUAUGCAAGUAUAACUCGACUUAGAGUAAUUAAGGCCUGUGAAUUUCUGUGAAGGUGUUUUGAUACAGUGAAUGUUCGAAGACCUGGACAGCGAAUGGAGCGUUUAUGGUAUGUAUGGCUCUGAUAGCCAAAUGAAGUACAUUUCUACGACAAUGUGAGCCAUGAGAUUUUCCGAUUGGUGACGAAGGAUACGUAUUAGCUAGUUUCCUAGUGAAAAUUAAUCCAGUUCAUGACCUAGGGUAAACUAGGGGACCUAGUGCAAAUACCAGCCGAUCGGUGAGUGGCCAUAAUAUUUAUCAUGUAACUGAAUAAAAUUGUCCGCGAUUUCUAAGCGCUCUUUAUAAUAGCUUUACAUAGUUGUGAACACCUGAAAGAUAAUCAAUUUUACGCUCUUCAAGUGUCCUGUAUUCUUUAAGGUAAAAUAGCUUUUUCUUUAAAGGUUUUUAGCAGCAUCAAAUCACGUUACGGUAGAGCUACAGCGAAUCAUUGGUUGCGAAUGGUUCUAACUCUUGCAAAAAAUAUUGCAGUUAUAUUAGGGUAAGCUUUAAUUGAAAAAGAAGUCAAUCAAAAAAUAUUUUGCUUUAUGUAAAAAUAUACGGAAAAAGUUGCCUCGGCGAUGACUUCAACACUCGAUCGAGCGUGAUCGAAUCGAAAGUGAUCUCUGUUUUAUCCUUAAUUUAGUUUGAAUGCAAAUAAAAAUGCUUUUGCUUUCCAUCAACACCAAAUCAUUGAUGUAUGUAAUAUGCUAACAAUCAAAUAUUCUAAAUGUGUCUCUGUCACUCAAUGUAUUUUAAUAAUACAUUUAAUUUAAUAUACAUUAUUGUAUUUACGUGUGUGGAAAUCUUUAGCUGAAUAAGAAAAACCGCAGGACCUUUAGUACAUCUCUAAAGACCUAAAUUAAUCUAAAUCAAAAAUUAUCAACAAGCUUUGUUUUAUGUAUAUAUUUAUCGUAUUCAUCAUACUGCUUUUCGAAACUCCUUCGCCUCUUUACUUUCAUUAAAGAAAAACAUGUAGAUUACAUGAUAGUUAACUACUUAAUCCUGUAAGACUGACAUCAAGAAGCGACCAAUUUUAAUAAAGAAGGCUAAAAGGUUAA